AAUACAAUAUUUUAUAAUAUAUUUUUUUUUCCUUAAAAAUCUUUUUAUACAUAUGUAUAUAUAUAUUUGAAAGUUUGAUGUUAUAUUAAUUUUUAUAUCUUUUUAAUCAAUAUUAUAUAAUUAUAUAAUAGGCAUGUUUGUAAUAUAUAUUUAUUAAUAGUUUUAUGAUAUUAUAAAAUAAAAAACCGUUGGAAUUGCAUUCAUUUGUCUGUACCAGUGAUGCUCAUUUUAACUAGAUUUGAUAUAUUAAAUUCUAACAAACUUACUACAUUAUCGUUAUUAAAAUAUUUUUAUCAUGAAAUUUUAUAUCAUAGAAGUUAAACGAAUGAUACUGAUUUAAAUUUUUUCAAAAUAUAAAAAUUCUAGUUUAUUAAUGAGUAUCACUGAUUUCCGCCAUUCUCUCUUGCCCCUACCAGGCGUCGCGAACAUAUCGUCUUAUUAUGAUUGUAAUUCUUGUAUUCUUGUUCUUAGUUUGAAUUGAGUGUGUUUGCUAUCUUAUUGUAGAAAUUUGCAACGACUGUCAGUUUCCUAACCUCUUUGCCGACGAAUGUUCCGGUGUUUCGUAUUGUGUUCAGUUAAUAGUAACAUAUAAUCACAUAACAUGAUGUCGCGGUCUGUGCGUGCAGAGACUCGUAGUCGUGCCAAGGAUGAUAUUAAGCGUGUAAUGCAAGUCGUUGACAAAGUUCGCCAUUGGGAAAAGAAAUGGGUUACAAUCGGAGAAACUACUAUGAAGAUUUAUAAAUGGGUACCUAUAUCAACACUUGAUCAGAAGAAGAAAGGAAAAACAGUUGCAGAUAAAGAAAAUGGUUUACCAAGAAAAAGUGGAUUAGAUUCUUCAAAUUCCAACUUUGGUCUUACAGAAGAUUCAAAUACAUGUUUUUCAACUGUUAGUGAUUCUCAAGGAUUAACAGACUUUUCUGCGCAUCUGGGAUUUUCAGAAGAUUCCAAUUCACAAAAUAGUGAACCAACACCUAAAAGGUUAAAGACUGAUUAAAGUUUAUCUUGUAACUGUUAUUUGAGAUAUAAGAUAUUUAGGAAAUCAUUUUUAUCUUCUACAAAAUUUGCACAUUAUAAAGUUAUCUUAAAUCAUGAUUCUUAAAUUGUAAAUUGACAAUUUCAAAGAAAUUUCAUCUUUCAUUUUAUUCUAUUUAAUGAAUAUUUUUUCAUUGAAGAAAAAAUAAUUAUAUUAAACAAUUUAAGUUUAAUAUAGUAAAUUUAUUUUUUUAUAUAUGAAUUUAUUAUAAAUUAACAUGAUUUAAUUUAGAAAUCAGAAUUAAUGGUAUUUUAAUAAAAAAAUUCGUUUCAGAUGUUCAGUCCAUUUUAUGAUCUGAUUUGAAAGACAACAAAAAUGUAGUAUAAAAUUAUUUUUCAAAACAGAUUAUAUAUUUUAAAUAAUAUUCAUAUCAUUAUAAUAUUAUUUAAUUCAUGAAAUACAAAUAAGAUUUUCAUUGAUUUAAUUAUAACAUCUUAAUCAUCAACAUGUAGAAUCUGGGACAUGUAAAAUAGAUAAUGAUACUUAUUUUUGCUGUAAAAUAGUACCUCCAAAAUACUUAUGUAUAAUGUUACAUUUAUCUUAAAGCUAUUUAUGUGUCUAAACAUAAUCACAUGUUCAAGUAGUUGUUUGAUAAUUGAGUAUCAUUGUACAUAUUUCAAAUACCAUUUUUUUGCUGAUUUAUAUUUUACAAUGAACUUGCAUUCCUUGAAAUUAUGUUAUAGCACCAUGAAAUGUACAAAAUACGCUUUGACACUUAUAAAUAAAAGAAUAAAAUUGCGAA